AUCUGACGUCUGGUUAUUGGCAGGUUCCAAUGGAAGAGUCCAGUCAAGAGAAACCAGCCUUUGUUAUCCCUGGAGGAGGACAUUUUGAGUUUCUACGCAUGCCAUUUGGGUUGACAAAUGCGGUUCCUACGUUUCAAAGGCUUAUGUCAGUCGUUCUGGAAGGUCUCUUGCCUCUUAGGUGUCUUGUAUACCUAGAUGAUGUUCUGGUCAUUGGUCGGUCUUUUGAGCAGCAUUUAGAGAAUCUGGAUAGCAGUUCUAGAAGCAAUCAGCAAAGCAGGACUGAAACUGAAACCUUCAAAAUGUCAUUUUGCACAAUCAAGUGUAGACUUCCUUGGUUUUACUAUUUCAGAUUCAGGUUUUGCUCCAGAUUCCAAGAAAGUGGAAGCUAUCAGCAGAUAUCCAACUCCGAAAGACCUGACAGAGUUAAUUAAGGAGCUUUCUUGGUAUGGCUUCGUAUCACCGCAGGUUUAUCUAUGGGUUUAGUGACAUUGCUAGUCCACUAAAUCGUCUCACUCAGAAAGACAUGCCAUUUGUAUGGGAUGAGAACUGUGAAAUGCAUUCCAAAGUAUCAAAGAGCAACUUAUGUCGAGUCCUGUUCUGGCAUUCCCAGAACCAAAUGGUGAUUAUAUUCUAUACACCGAUGCAAGUGAUGUAGGAGUAGGAGCUGUUUUGGUACAAGAAGAUGGAGAGGGAGAGGAGAGAGUUAUAUCUUAUGCAUCGAAAGCGUUCUCAGGUUCAGAGAAGAACUGGACUACCACAGAGAAAGAAACAUACGCCGUUGUUUGGGCUCUCCAAUAUUUCCAUCCUUAUGUGUAUGGACGAAAGGUGGUCAUAUAUACAGAUCACAAGGCUCUAAAGUGGUUGAAAAACGUUAAACAUCCAAAUGGUAAACUGGCACGCUGGAUUUUGAAACUGGAAGAGUACGACUACACUAUAGAACAUAAGCCUUGUAAUAUGAUGCAACAUGCUGAUGCACUUUCCCGUGCCCCAGUUAACAGCAUUCGAAUUUCCACAUUGUCGUGGACGGAACUUGAAGAAACUCAAAACCUGGAUGAUGAUAUUCUGUUGGUAAGGAGAUGGGUAUUGAAUGGUUUAAGACCAGAUGAUAAACCAAAAGAUAGCAGCCCGAUGUUGAAAGCGCUGUACAAUGUCUUUGAAUCUUUAGUCGUUGAAAAGAAUGUUCUUUGUCGAAAAUGGAUCGAUAAAGAUGGUAAAGAAACGUUACAGAUCGUUCUACCUAAGUUGGCUUCACCUGCAAUUUUGAAAGAUGCCCACCAGCAA